UCUGAAUAAAAGGGAAGUCGUGCGACUGUUCACUGUGGGAAUGUGAGAGAAUGUUUUGAAAUGUUUGGACCGGAUCCAGGGUUUGUACCAAAGUGAUGACUGGACAUUUCCAGAGAGUCAGUUGGACAGAAACCUGCUGCUGGUCCCACGGAGACACGGUUUAACGUCAGUAGCAGAGUUGUCGUCUCCAUUAUGAUCGCAGACCAAUAUGAGAAGGACAAGGACACCAGAGCCCUCUGGGUCAAAGAACCUGGUCCAGGUGUCUCCAGGUUCAGACAUUGGGUGUUUCCUGCUGUGACGGCUGCAGUGGUCCUGAUUCUGGUCCUGGUUCUGGGAGUCACCAACGUGAAGACAUCGAAUCGUCUGUGGUCUGUGGAGGAGAAGGUUUCCAACCUGAGCGACGUCAUCCAGUCCCUGAACGCCUCGCUGCAGAACACUCUAGAUGCAGCUGAAGAAGUUCGGCGGAUGCGUUUUGCUGUCGAGAACAACAAGGACCAGCUGACCUCAAUGUCGGAUGCGCUGAAGCAACUUUCCGUCGUGGACACUCUCACCAAGAGCGUCACUUCCCUCAAAUGUUCCCUGGAGCGGAUCAUCAACAACAGUUCAGCAGCAGACGGUUGUUGUCCCAUGGACUGGACUGUGUUUGGCACCAGCUGUUAUUUCUUCAGUUCUUUGUCUCUGUCCUGGAACGAGUCCAGACUCCAGUGUGAGAAAGAACAAGCUCACCUGGUGAUUGUCCAGCAGGACAAGGACUGGAACUUCGUGACCAGACAUUUGGCUCAGAAGUGGUUCUGGGUGGGUUUGUCUGAAUGGAGAACCGGCCGGUGGGAGUGGGUGAACCAGACUCCGUACCAAAUGGAGCGCAGGCGCUGGAGACCUGGAAAACCCAGCAGGUGGAUCAGCUCCCACUAUGGUUUUGCCAAGGACUGCGCUUACCUUGAUGGGGACGGACGUCUCAACAACAUGGGCUGCUCCACCAAGCUACGCUACAUCUGCCAGAAACACAGCCAGCGCACCUGAACGCAUCUGAACAACGCACCUGAAAGCACCACGGGGUCUCCUCCUCCUCCCGCCGUCGGCCGGAGCUGCUGUCAGACGACAACAAUAAAAUAAAACUAAUAAAGGUCUUGUUUUUGUCUCAUGUCCAUUAGAGACGAUA